AUGGCCAGUUUAAUAAUGUCCAGUGAAAAUACAUAUACAAACACAGAAACUGAUUAUACACAUCCAAGCUCAGAACUUGAAACUAUACAUGUAAACACGGAAGUUGAGAAUACUCAUCCAAACACAGAAUCUGAAAAUACCGAAAAGCCUGACAGCCCUCAUGAAACACACAACCUUAAUAAAACUGAACGGUCCCAUGCUUCAUCUUCAACAGACAAAAAAAAAGAAUUUUCCAGACCCAGCUUUUGUGGAUUUCUGCGCACACAAAUUGAUACUGACAGUGAUAAUAUCAAAGCAGAAUCCGAUAGAGAUUAUAAAGAUGUUUCAGGUGUGAACAUAAGAGAUUGUGGAGAACCUUUGAGACCACAGGUUUUGCGAAUCGAUUUCAAUCCAGGAGUUGAUGAUGAUGAUUUCAUGCAGAAAAAAUGUGUUGACUUCUGGAAGUUCAUCAAUGAUCACCCAGAGUUGAGUUCGUUGAAAGUAAAGGCUAACAAGGAAAGUGUCACGAAGGAAUCCUCAACCAAUAUGACAUCUUCUGAGACCGCCUCCUCUACGGCCUCGUCCGGAUCGAGUGGAGGAUACGGGUUGACACCAAUCACUAUGAUGUCCCUCGAUUGGCUGAAGAAUGGAGAGCUGAUGAACCACGCAUUGGCUACCAAGGCAGUCAUAAAACCAUGCGAGCUUGUAACAAAAUACGAUGAGUAUAGCCAAAAUAAACCGGACGAUUGGCCUCCAGGAAAAAAACCAGUUGCAAGAGUGCAUCGGGUUCCAAAUUUGGUUCCCCGGUCCAGCUCCAAGAGUCGAGCACAUUCAUCCAACAAGAUAAAUCAGGAUAAAAGCCUAAAACUCAUGCUGGCUGAGAUGAAGAGAUGGGAUUCACAACAUCCAAAAUCCAUGAAGCCCCCAAAUAAUCCUCCCGGAUUUUCUCUAGAGAAACCUGAGCGCAUUCUACUGCCGUACAUAGCACCUAAUGAAGAUAAAUAUUGUGAAAAGUGCAUUAAUUAGUGUCUGUUUGCAAUU